AUGAAGCAACUGACAAUUCUGGCAUUGGCCACCCUAGCCUCUGCACAGGUAGGGGCUUAUGGCCAGUGUGGGGGAAGUGGUUAUUCUGGGUCUACAACGUGUGCUUCGGGCUACAGUUGUCAAUACCAGAAUGAAUGGUAUAGUCAAUGUCUCCAGGCUUCUGCCGGUGGUACUACAUUGACAACAAAAACAUCGACCUCAGUGGCAACAUCAAAAUCCAGUACUACAACAUCGAAGACAGCAACCACCAGUGCACAUACCGAAGGCACUGGCUUCCCCACCACCAAUGGACUGCAGUUCGAAAUCGAUGGCAAAACUAGCUAUUUUGCCGGCUCGAAUUCGUAUUGGAUCGGGUUCCUUACGAACAAUGAUGAUGUGGAUCUGGUGUUUGACCACAUGGAUGAGACUGGACUUCGAAUUCUCCGUAUCUGGGGAUUCAACGAUGUCAACAGCGUCCCAUCCGCUGGGACUGUUUACUAUCAACUGCUUCAAGAUGGAACCGCCACUAUAAAUACGGGAGCGGAUGGCUUACAACGUCUGGACUAUGUGAUUGCCUCCGCCGAAGCCCACAAAGUCAAGCUCAUCAUCAAUUUCGUGAACAACUGGUCAGACUACGGUGGUAUGGCUGCCUAUGUGACAGCAUUUGGCGGUAGCCAAACGAGUUGGUAUACAAACACAGCAGCCCAAACGGCUUAUCAGGCUUACAUCAAGGCGGUUGUGUCCCGAUACAAGGAUUCGCCCGCGGUCUUCGCCUGGGAGUUGGCUAAUGAGCCUCGCUGCAACGGAUGCGAUACUUCAGUACUUUACAACUGGAUUAAGACUACGAGUGCCUAUAUCAAGUCACUAGACUCCAAGCACAUGGGCUUCGGGCUGAGUGUGGGAUCGGAUGGCUCCUAUCCCUACAGCUACGGCGAAGGUCUCAACUUCACGAUGAAUCUUAGCAUCGACACCAUCGAUUUCGCGACCUUUCACCUUUAUCCUUCAAGCUGGGGAACUACAAAUGAUUGGGGUAAUGGGUGGGCCACGUCUCACGGUGCCGCGUGUGCGGCAGCUGGAAAGCCUUGCUUGUUUGAAGAAUACGGAGUAACUUCCGACCAUUGCACGAUCGAGGCCCCAUGGCAGAAGACAGCGCUGAACACGGUCGGCGUAGCAGCAGAUUUAUACUGGCAAUAUGGUGACACACUCAGUUAUGGACUGUCGCCUGAUGACGGGAACACAUUCUAUUAUGGUACCAGUGAGUUCACCUGCUUGGUGACCGAUCACAUUGCAAAUAUCAACUCCUGA